AUGGACGGAAUUAACGACAUUCACGACGAUGAACGAACACCGCUGCUGAACGAACAACGUUCUGCAAAACAAAAGCGCACGCCCCUGCCAAAACUCCAAAUUGGCAUCGUUUUACUCCUGCAAAUCUGCGAGCCAAUUUGCAGUCAGUCAAUAUACCCCUACAUUAACGAACUUGUUAGCAAACUUGAUAUCACUGGCGGAGAUGAACGACGGAUUGGCUACUACGCUGGCCUCAUAGAAUCUCUUUUUUUCCUGACCGAAGCUAUGACCGUCUUUCAAUGGAGUAGGGUGUCCGACCGCAUAGGUCGUAAACCCGUGCUCAUAAUCGGUAUGAUGGGGACCAUUUUGUCAAUGCUCUUCUUUGGCCUUUCUCGUACGUUUGCGACUCUGGUCAUUAGUCGGUGCUUGUGUGGUCUCCUGAAUGGAAAUAUUGGUGUCAUGAAAAGCGCACUGGGUGAGCUUACGGAUACUACGAAUCGAGCGGAUGCGUUUGCUCUCAUGCCGGCUGUCUGGGCGCUUGGUGCAACCAUGGGCCCGCUCCUGGGUGGUACUUUGACGCGACCUGCUGAUCAUUUCCCGUCCGUUUUUACCGGUCAAUUCUGGAAAGAAUAUCCAUAUUUCCUCCCUUGCGUUGCUACUUCGUCUUUCGUCCUCGUGACGUUGUUUAUUACCAUUUUCUUCUUCAAGGAGACUGCCCCCAGAUGGAGACAAAUAGACGACAAGUCCAGAGCCUCCUCCGUUGACUCGUCUUUGAGUAACUACAAGUAUCACCCACACGCUGAAAUCGCCUUCCGUGAUCUUUUAACUUUCCCGGUAGUUAUCUCAAUUGCCAACUACGUCACUCUUGCCUUCUUGAAUAUCUCGGUAAACGCCUUGCUCCCUCUUUUCUUCCAUAUGCCAAUCGAACUGGGCGGACUGGACCUUGAUCCAGUGACCAUCGGCUACGUAAUGGGACUUUAUGGAGCAGGCACAGGACUUUUCCAGAUUUUGUUUUUCGCCAAACUAGUCAGACGCUUCGGUACCCGACGUGUCUUUAUCAUGUCCAUGCUCUCCUUUAUCCCGGUGUUCAUGACCUUCCCAGUUGUAAGCUUAGUAGCGAAAAAGUGGUCUGUAAGCUGGGGAGUCUGGGUUUUGGUUACAUUGAUCUUGCUUCUUCUCUUUUUCAUGGAUACCGCCUACGGUUGCAUUUUCAUGUACGUUACAGAAUCAGCACCAAAUCGUCGCUCUCUCGGUGCCACAAAUGGCCUUGCUCAAACGACGGUAUCGACUGCGCGUGCUAUUGGACCUGCUUUGUCGACAUCGUUGUUUUCGUUUUCCGUUCAACGUAACAUCCUUGGAGGAUACGGCGUGUACGCUGCAUUCACCCUGUUUGCUUCGCUUGCGAUUGUUCUAGCAGUACAACUGCCACAACAACUGUGGAAUCGUGACGAGGAUACUGGCAAUAGUGACCAAUGA